GAUAUUCUUUUAUAACAUCGAUGAAGAUAUUGUCAAACCUUGGACAAGGCUAUGCUGAAGGCGAAAUUGUACUCUCUCGGAACGAAAAGCACGCUGAAUUUGAAGACAUUCCCUUAAGGAAAAGCUACUCUGCAGGUAUAAAAGGUUUGUUAAAUUUAAAGUGAGUAUUUAAACUAGGUACAUGUAGUUUCAGCUGCUGAAGGUCGGUGAAGGCCGAAAAACGAUGCAGUAAUAUCAGGUCAUUAUAAACUAAAGAAACACCUUCAGCAUUAAACGUAAGCCGAGAUUUUAUUGCUACAACUCAGUUUCAUGUCUCUUCAAUCAGCUCUUUUAAAAAAGAAAAAGACACUGACCGACUAACUCGCGCAAAGAGCAGUAACGGAACUACUAAGUGAUAUAAUUCUAUUUCAUGACCCUUAGUCAACAAAGUCAUACACCGUCUCUGUAUUUUAACUACAUGAUUUAGGAAAGCAAGACUAAGUGUUAAGACGCACUAACUUUUAUUCACUUUUUCAGUUAAGCUUAUUUUUUAGUACUCGACGAGUGAAGUGAUCAAAUGUGAAAUAAUAUUGCUUUGUGCUGAGAAGAAAGAGAAGCUCGAUGUAAUAAUAAUAACACUUAUAUAGCGCUUAUCCGCAUGCGUUCUAAGCGCUUGUAGCAGGAUGUCAGUCGCUGUGUGACGUGGUCGCUUACUAACGAAUUGUGAACCCGCCCUAAAAUCGCGUCCAUCUCGGAGAGAUUCAAAAUAUAGAGUUGGAACUGAGAAAACUUUGGGGUCUUGGAAGAUGGUUUCAUUGCGGUGAAGGGAAAAUGCGAGAUGUAAUUGCACAUACACAGUAAUUUCCAAGGAGUUAUAAUAACUUCCCUAGUGGGGUUAAUUUAACUCCUUACAGUGGAGUUAUUUUUUUUGUGGGGGGGGGGGGGGAGGGAGUUAUUUUAACAAAAAGGAGUUUACAGAACUCUUUUUCAGGAGUAAAAAUGACCCCAGAUAUGGAGGAGUUAAGAGUGAGUCCAUGGGUGCACCAGGCAGGUGUGCUACAUGCUAUCUCUCCGAUUUCAAUGAAACUUGGCCAGUUUAAAGGGUCUACCCCAAAACUCAAAAUGACAAACUGAUUCAUAGUUUGGAUCUUUAUGGUGGGAGAUAGCCCACCCAACUGGUUUAACUACAUUUUUUACCAAUAAAAGCGCAUUAAUAACAGGCAAAAGUAGGAAGCUCUCAGGACAACAGUUUUCAACCUUUUACCUUGAGGGUUUGUAUAUAUAGUGAUACAUCUUUGACAAAUGCAAGGAUCUAAGUUUAUGUUUUUAUGCUCGGUGCGUUGGGAAUUAUGCGUGCGAAUGGAGGUUACGUAACGCGUACUGCAUUCAGGCGUGUUCAUCACGCUUAUUGUUGGGUUGUGUUUAAAUAGGUUCACCACGUCUUGUGCUCUUACUUUAGGUCGUUUCAGUGGGUGUAAUCGACCGUCACUUAGUUUCUUGCUUGCUUAUCAUGUCUGAUAAGGAAGGCGUGGAGGAUCCCAAAGUUAUCUCUGUUGGGUCUUUUGAAGACUUAAGGUCUUACUUUGAUAAAAAAUUUUCACAUUUAAAGCGUGAGCUUUCUGAUGAUCAACUCAAAUCGUCUUCAUCCUUGGUGAAGAAAAUUAAGACCGAAACGAGCUUAAGCUUUAAGUUUAGCGGCAACAAGAAACAGUUCGAGUUUAAUACUGAGACUUUGGAACACGUCACUCAGAGUCUUUCUUUUGUCGAUUCACUGAAAUCUCUGGUCGAUCUUGAAAACUCUGAGAAUCAUCAAGUUUCAGCGCUGAUUCUUAAGCUCGACGAUUCCCUCAACGUUGCUUCAAAGGCCAUAAAGCGAAGAAACAAGCUCAUCAGAAUAGCGGAUAAAUCGGAAGCUGGCUGGGCCGUAGUCGACGAGUAUCUUUCUGACGAAGUCGCUUCUCGGUUCUGAAGACGAGAAGAAGAUCCGUGCUGCGGAGCAGAGGGCGUUGCGAAAGAAGAAGAACGCUCGCAGUGCGAAGUCGGGACAGAAGUUGAGUAUUUUAUCUGUUAUUUUUAUUCGUUUCCUUUGCCCGUUCUUUAUUUUCUUUAGCGUUUAGGAGGUCGUAUUAUACCACUGCCGACCUAUUCCUCCUAUACAAUAAAUUCAUUAUUGUGUAUUUGCUUGAGUGUGUUUCAUUAUUACAGAGUUUAGAGCAUAAAUAAGUUAUUUUCGGUACGCAGUUUAGAAAAUAAAUGUUUUUAUGCUCGGUGCGUUGGGAAUUAUGCGUGCAAAUGGAGGUUACGUAACGCGUACUGCAUUCAGGCGUGUUCAUCACGCUUAUUGUUGGGUUGUGUUUAAAUAGGUUCACCACGUCUUGUGCUCUUACUUUAGGUCGUUUCAGUGGGUGUAAUCGACCGUCACUUAGUUUUCCUCUUUCUUCCUUUUUUCUUUUCAGGUCAUUCAGCGUCCAGAGACUUCCUCGGGGUUUUCAUCGGCUGUCUCCUCUAUCACUCCAAGAAAUUUUACUAAUUUUCGUCCUCAAACGUCAAAGGGCGCCUUGUUAAAGGCCGUUAUGACAUCUGCUUCGCCUGCGGCAAGACCGGCCAUUGGAGAGCAAGUUGCCCCAACUUAUUCUUCACUCCCGGAUCAACCUACAAACAGAUCCAAAGCUUGUCAAGUAAAGACAGCGGUUCUUCUGGGCAGCAGUAGUUCCAUUGCUGAUAGUAAAGCAGUAAAUGAAACUCUUGAAGGUAUUUUUGACGAAGGUCCAGCUUUAGAGGAGUGUUUUGAAUUUGAGAAUUCUCCCGAUAGUAUUCAAUCGGUUAACGGUAGGCUUAAAGCUCAUUUUAGUUUUUGGGCGGAUACGUUAGGUGCAAAUGAUUUCAUUCUCCGGGUUAUUGACAUGGGGUAUGCCAUACCCUUUAUUACAUUUCCUCAGAAUGCGUUUUUCGACAAUAACCAUUCAGCACUUACGCACGCUGAUUUUGUUUUGAAGGCUAUUCAAGAGCUCAUUUUGUCAGGUUCAGUUGUUCAAGUUUCUAGUCCUCCUCAUGUUGUCAAUCCCUUGUCUGUUUCCAUACAGAGUUACGGCAAGAAGAGGUUGAUUUUAGACCUCAGGCAUGUCAAUAAACAUAUCUGGAAAGAAAAGUUUAAGUUUGAGGAUAUUAGAAACGCUUGUGUUUAUCUUCCUUCCGAUCAUCUCAUGUUUAAAUUUGAUCUCAAAUCUGGCUACCACUAUAUUGAUAUUUUGCAGGAUCAUCAAACUUUUUUAGGGUUUUCUUGGGUUGUUAAUGGCGUAAGGAAAUAUUUUGCGUUUACAGUACUCCCUUUUGGGCUCUCCUCAGCUCCUUAUAUUUUCACUAAGGUUGUUCGUGUUCUCGUCCGAUAUUGGAGAAGUCAUGCUGUGAGAAUAACAGUUUACCUUGAUGACGGGCUUGGUUCCGCCCGUGAUUUCGCUCGCUGCGAAGCUGCUUCAUUAUUUGUUAAGACUUCGCUUCAGCUUUCUGGUUUCCUGCCUAAUGACAGUAAAUCGAUUUGGCAACCAACUUCUUGUUUAGUCUGGUUGGGUUAUUGUAUUGAUUUAGCCGUUCAUACUAUUUUCAUUCCUUCGGUUAGGAUUCUCAGUGUCGUACAGGUUAUUGAUUCAAUUCGUUCUCAGUAUCCUUCUAGUACUGCUAGAAAAUUGGCUCAGUUUGUUGGUAAGGUUAUCUCUAUGGGUUUCGUCUUUGGUAACAUUACUCGUAUUAUGACAAGGUAUUCUCAUUUGGAUAUUUUAAGAAGCCCUACAUGGGAUGAAAAAAUUUCCCUGUCGGGUUCAACUCUGAAGGAAUUAUGUUUUUGGAAAGAGAACAUUCCUUCCCUAAAUAGUAGGCGCCUCUUGUCUACACACAGUUCCAUUAUUCCCGUGUGUGUUAUUCCGAUGCGAGUUCUACAGGCUGCGCCAGUUAUAUGUUAGAUCUUUACAACACCAUUUCUCACAAGUUGUGGAGUGUUGAUGAGGCGCAGAAGAGCUCCUCUUACAGGGAACUUAAGGCCGUUUCCCUGGGUCUAGAAUCUUUUUUGCCUUUACUUAAAGGGCGCACUAUUAAGUGAUAUACUGACAAUCAGAGUGUUGCUAGAAUCGUUGAAGUAGGAAGCAUGAAGGAAGAUUUGCAAUGCUUAGCUUUGCGUAUUUUUAGUAUGUGCUUGCUCAGUUGCAUCACAUUGGAAAUCGAAUGGAUUCCGAGAUCGGCUAAUGAUAGAGCUGAUUUUUUUAGCAGAAUUGUGGAUUAUGAUGACUGGCGGGUCAACAGGGACUAUUUCCUUUUGGCCGAAGAGAAAUGGGGUCCUCACUCUGUGGACCGGUUUGCGAAUCAUGAGAAUACUCAGUUGCCCCGUUUUAAUAGCAGGUUUUGGUGCCCUGGUACAGAGGCGGUUGAUGCCUUUUCUGUUUCUUGGGUGGGCGAGAAUAAUUGGCUCGUUCCACCUAUUUUUCUCAUCCCCAAGGUCCUUAAUCACAUGGUUGCCCUUGGCGGUCGUGCUACACUUGUUGUUCCUGCUUGGCCUUCCGCCCCAUUUUGGCCUUUAAUUUUUACUGACGAGGGUUUGUCUCCCAUAUUCUCUGAUAUUUUUGAGAUCCCCUUAGGUACUGAUGUUUUCGUUUUGGGUAACUAUAAAAAUUCCCUUUUUGGAUCACCUAAUUUUCGUUCAGGGGUUUUGUUCUUGCGGUUUUCCUAGAGAGGCCGUAGUUUAUAGAGUUCUUACGCUCAUACCACAUGGUAUCCGGGUAUUUUGGGAUGCACUUGGAUCCUUGUUUUGUGGACCACUUGGUCUUUUUUAUUAUGCAAGGGCUACUUUGGCCCUUAGUGGUUAUAUUUUUCAGUGUUUUUCUUGGAACCACUUGGACCCAACCUUACCUUGUUUCACUUCGUGUUGUAUUUUUCUGAUAUAUUUUUUCUUUGGUCAUUUUUGUCAUUUUAUUUUCUCUAUUUUUUGCUUCAGAUGCUAAAGCAGCUGCCAGUCGGAAGUUUGGCGUUUUACUUUGUGAGAAGUUUUGGCUCUCUGCCUUUAAUUCUCGAGCUGAUAACACAGUUAUUAAUUAUUGUAAAUCAUUUUGUAAGUUUAAAGCGUGGUGCUUGCAGAGCACUGGGGAGGUUUCUUUUCUCCCAGCUACUUCCUUCACAGUUUCCUUGUAUUUGCAUCAUUUAUUAGAAAAUUCGUUUGGUAGUUCCACCAUUUACGGCGUUUUUUACGCUAUUAACUGGGUACAUAAGUUAUCAGGUUUUGAGAAUCCCAAUCCGUGUGACAACUUUCUCGUCAGGUCUAUUGUUGAGGCUUCCAGUCGUGCUCCUCGUAAACCUGUCAGGAAGGCGGAGCCUAUUACCCCAGAGAUCCUUGGCUUAAUUUUGCAGCAUUAUGGGGAAAGUAGUAACUUACUUGAUAUCCGGUUUGUCUGUAUGUGUUUACUCGCGUAUGCUGGCUUUUUCCGCAUUUCCGAGCUUUUAAGCAUUAGGAGAUCUAAUAUUGUAACUGAAGAUCUCUAUCAUAAGAUUUUCAUAGAAGUUAGCAAGACUGAUAGGUACAGAGAGGGUUCCUGGGUUUAUAUUGCCAAGACAGGCAAUUUUACUUGCCCUUAUACAUACCUUAUUAAGUACUUAGAAGCUGCCAAGAUUCCUUCUUUUUCUCAGAAUUUCAUUUUCAGAUCCUUACGGUAUGACAAGGAUUUGAAGAGCAAUGUCUUGUCUUCAAAGCCCCUCACUGCUAGCAGGGCGGGAGAAAUUCUUAAGGGGAAGCUGAAAGCUAUUGGGUUAGACCCUUCUAAGUUAAGUAGUGACAGCUUUCGGUCCGGAGGAGCUACUUCCGCUGCUAAUCUGAAUGUUCCAGAUCGGCUUUUCAAAGUUCACGGAAGGUGGAAGUCAGAUUCAGCUAAUGACGGCUACGUCCACGAUAAAGUCGACUCGCGUCUUUAUGUUCCUUUGCACAUUGGAAUUUAAUUUAUUCAAUUUUUGUACCAGUGGGUUUAGAUUCAGUUUGUAUUUUUCCUAUCAUUUAUACUUCUGUAUCAUGUAAGUUGUGUUUGUUAGGAGGUCGUAUUAUACCACUGCCGACCUAUUCCUCCUAUACAAUAAAUUCAUUAUUGUGUAUUUGCUUGUGUGUGUUUCAUUAUUACAGAGUUUAGAGCAUAAAUAAGUUAUUUUCGGUACGCAGUUUAGAAAAUAACAGUCAAUUUGAUUGACAGCUUGUCAAUUACCGGCCUUGAAUAUGGGACCACCUUUUUAGCCAUUCAAAUAUUUGUUGAUUUUAAGAUCAAAUAUCUCUCCUUGCCAGAAACACCUGAAUGAAGGACUUCUGUAUAGUUUAACUCGUAAGAAGAAUAAUCUCUGAUUUUGCAAGAAACUCAAAACGAGGUCACAAACAUUACGAUUUUGCCUUCGAUAUUUUGGUGGCGUGCAUCACUAAUCAGCGUGAAAUCAGCGCGAAAUCUUGAACGUUUUAAGCAUGCAUUAGACUCCUCAAUUAUUAUUCUUGUAUAACGGGCUGGAAAGUGUCGGUUUAGUAACUUCAGCGGCCCUUAAUUGCUGAAUUAUAGGGCAGGAGAAGUGGAAAUAAGCUUGUUUUAGGUGCAGUUUUCAAGUGGCACCUGACGUCCAAAAAAGGCAGAGCCCAGAAAUGUUUUUUAUGUUUAUUAUAGACUAAAGGGUUGGUAAACAGGGAGUAGCAAAAUUAUUGUUAUAGCUUUCCGGCAAGGAGAGAUAUUUGAUCUCAAAAUCAACAAAUAUUUGAAUGGCUAAAAAGGUGGUCCCAUAUUCAAGGCCAGUGAUUGACAAACUGUCAAUCAAAUUGACUGAAACUUACAUCCUUGCAUUUGUCAAAGAUGUAUCAAUAAAUAUACAAACCCUCAAGGUAAAAGGUUAAAAACUGUUGUCCUGAGAGCUUCCUACUUUUGCCUGUUAUUAAUGCACUUUUAUUGGUAAAAAAUGUAGUUAAACCAGUUGGGUGUGCUAUCUCCCACCAUAAAGAUCCAAACUAUGAACCAGUUUGUCAUUUUGAGUUUUGGGGUAGACCCUUUAAACUGGCCAAGUUUCAUUGAAAUCGGAGAGAUAGCAUGUAGCACACCUGCCUGGUGCACUCAUGAACUCACUCUUAAAAUAACCCCAAAAAAGAAGUUACCCUGUACCUUAAAUUUUUACUCCACUUUCAGAGUUAAACUAACUCCAAAAAGAGUAAAAACAACCCAUGUAAGGAGUAAAAUUAACCCCAUUUACUGAGUUAUUUGAACACCAGACUGGGAGCAAAACGAACUCUUUCUCAGGAGUAAAAAUGACCCCAAAUUUGGAGUUAAAUUACAAGUUAAAGUAACCCCAUAAAACGGGUUAUCCCGUACGUAAAAUGUUUACUCCAUUUCUGGAGUUAUAAUAACUCCCUAAAAAUUACUGUGUAGUGGAUUGAAGCACACCACUUGUUUUAAAUAAGCAAAACACAAUGAUCCGUCAUGUGUACUUGGAUAAGAGAGAUGCAGGUUUUAACAUUGAUCACUACGGUAACAGUUUUUUUUUUACACCCAUUCCGAGUUGAGCACAGGAAUGAAAGUAAAGCGGGUCCAUAUUGAUACACUAUUCUAACGAAUCAUCUAUUUGUAUGUAACUAUUUGAUUUGACAGUGCCACGGAGGGAGUGACUUUUUGAAAUGCGACCUACCAUCCAGGCCACUGGCUUAACAACCUGGCUCAUGACCUUACCAUUGCUUGCUCUAGGCCAUCGUUACAUCACAAGAGAAAGGACUUUUUACAAAGUUGAUGGAAAGUCACUUAUCGGCAGUGUAACAGCAGAGAUGGAAGUCAAAGAUUCCUUCGACUGUUCCCAUCUAUGCCUAAAGUAUGGACCUGUGCCAUGUCUCUCUUUCAACCUGGAAAGAAGUAACAAUAGCAUUCAUACUUGUGAGCUAAGCAGCUCAGAAAAAUAUUUGGAGCCACAAAAAGUACAAGAAAGAACCGGAUACGAUUACUACGGGACCGAAUACGAUGUAGGUAGACCAAUCUUGCCUAAUUUAGUUGUCAGUAUUAAAUGGGCUUGAGUGAAAAGUUCGCUUCAGUUAGACAGCAAGAGCAGGAAUCAAAAAAGCACAUGGAAGAGUGAACUAGAAGGAUAGUGAAAAUUACCCUUUUCUAGCCUGAAAUAACUCUGACUGUGAUUGGCAGACGCACAUUCUUUCAUUAAAUUCAGAAUUGUCCCUCUCGUCUUUUGCUGAAGUGUUAGAAACUUGACAUGAGUUUUUUACUCAGAGAUACCUAUAGAAUGAACUAGAAAUUCAAAUACUGCACGGAGUAUAGAAUAUUGCUACAGCAAUAAAGAGACUGAACAAUUCCUGGAGGAAAGAAGCUUUUAGAGUCCCAGGAAGACCGACGUGCGUUGUUGACCAUUAACACACUCAGCCAACCAAUCUCCUAAGAGCGCACAGUGCACUAAAUUGUAAAAUCGAAAUGCACAUAAGUAGAAUCCUCAUAAAAGGCAAAGGCUUACAGAGAGAAUUAAAAUGAUUGAUUUAUAAAGGCAAAAUGUAUCGGCUUUUCAAAAUAAAUGCAGAUACAAGAGAAAUUUACACCAGACAUGAAUAGCAGGCCUAAAAUGCACACGAUUUUAACCGAAUAGCGAUAACAGUCCUUCAAAAAAUACCCUACCCUUGGGCCCUGUCGUGCAGCACCGCGAAGAAGCGGGCUUUUGAGGAGAAAGAAGGGUAGACUGCAAAACAGUCGCUUGAAGAUUCUUGCGCGACGGGGUCAAACCUCACUUUACCCUCGCUCCAGUUCUUUUGUUUGACCGCUCGAGCGUUCUUAAGAUACGAUAAAAUACCGGCUAUUUUGCAGUAAAAUAGAAGGAAGAAAAAUUAAUAAUUAACUGGACACCAUCGAUUAAAAGGUAAAUAAAGGCAACCCUACCAUAUCAUAUGAUGUAUUUUAGUCUCUAAUUAGAUUACGCCCCUGCAUCAGUAGUCCAUGUAACUUUGGCGGGACUUGUACUGAUGGUCCUGGAUUGGAUGAAUAUUCAUGCCAAUGUAAGCCAGAAGUCUCAGUUCUUCCAUUCAUCGAUAACAGAUGCAACGUUGGUAAGUUGAAUAUCAGAAUCUACAAGUCUUCUUAGUCAAACCUUGCGUCUCUGAUGGCUGUGGGAAAUGUACGGUAGUACUUAAGUGACGUUUAAUACCGACUUUUUCCGCCAUCUUUAUACGCUCAUAAGGACCACUUAAACAAUGAUAACAGUAAAAGAAAAGUCACGUGGUGUCUCACGCCUGGGCGAGAAGAUCAUAAAAGCUCCCAUGAUAAGCCGGCGCUCAAGGUGGAGUUUAUUUCAUUUCUUCUAUUGGGAUAAUUUUGUGUCAUCUUAAUAAAUGUAUCGCUGAGUUUCUUCAAGUUUUGCGUCAUCUUAUUUUGCUUUCAAUUUUCAACCAAUUCUCGCUUUGUCUUUUAGUCUCUUUCCUCGUAUUUAGUUUGCGGGUGGUUAUCAAGUUCAUUAAUUAAUAAGUAAAUUUAAACAAAUAAGCAUUUAAAAAAGUACAUUAUUUAAGCUACGCCCAUGGAUGCCAGCGUUGAACUUUACUAUGAGCUUACUCUAGAAAAGUAAAGAAAAAAAAGAGAGCAAAGUUGUUAUCGAUUAUACUUUUUUUCAGACACCACUAAGAUGUUUUUCGGCCAAACUCCUACUCAAGGAGUGUUUUGGGGUCAAGCAGUCAAAACAUACAACCUGAAUUAUGAAAAUGCCAAACGUUUUUGCGACCUUCUAGGAGCCACCCUUGCCACUUACAAUCAGCUUUAUACCGCCUGGCAGGCUGGUCUUCAACGCUGCGCGUAA